GAGCGCCGCAGCAGCAGCAGCAGCAGCAGCAGCAGCAGCAGCAGGCGAAGAGGCAGCAGCCCAGCCAGGAGCGGCAGCAGCCGACGCGCGUGGAGCAGCAGCAGCCGGGCAGCGGCAAAAAGGAAAAGAAGCAAAAAGAAAAGAGACAAAAACAAAAACAAACUGAUGCUGCUGCUGCUGCUGCUGCUGCUGCUGCUGCAUACGCAGACCCUGUGGUGCAGCCCAUAGACGAAAUGGCCCCAGAGUAUCAGCCAAGGAGAGUCGAGGAGGGAGCCAUGGCUGAUGGAGCUGACAGCCAAACAGCCAGCCUAAUGGAGGAGUGGGAGAAGCACAUGCAAAAUUUCAUUCCAGAGAUGCUCCAGCUGCAGCAGCAGCAGCUGCAGCAGCAGCAGCAGCAGGUGGGGGUGUGCGUUUCAGGGGACUUGAUAUACAAGAAGAGCCGCUCGGAAGGUUUGUUUUACUUCACGGCGAAGAAGAAAGGAACUUAUUCUUUCAUUUUGUCCAACCACAGGCAAGUUUUUUUGAAUGUUUUGCUGCAGCAAGCUGCUGCUGCUAGCAGCAGCAGCAGCAGCAAAGCAGCAGCAAAGCAGCAGCAAAGCAGCAGCAAAAAGCAGCAGCAAAGCAGCAGCAAAGCAGCAGCAAAAAGCAGCAGCAAAGCAGCAGCAAAACAGCAGCAAGAGAGCAGCAGGAAGAGUCUGCAGCUGGCGAAAGCAGCAGCAAAAGCCGCUGCAGUGCAGCAAGUGCAGCAGCAGCAAAUGCAAAUAAAAGCAAAUUAA